AUGUCAAUUACUGUAGCGAAUGGCUAUGAAUAUGAAAAGAAGAAUCUCAUCGGACAUGGAGCUUUUGCGAUCGUUUUCAAGGGCAAACACAGACAGGAAAAGAAAUCGGUCGCUGUCAAGGUGAUCCAGCGAUCAAAGAUCGGCAAGCCGGCGGACAAGUUGCUUGGAAAAGAAAUCGAAAUUCUAAAAUCGUUAAAGCACGAAAACAUUGUCUCCUUACUCGACUAUGAAGAAAACAACGACCAAAUCGUGCUCGUCAUGGAAUACUGUAAUGCCGGUGAUCUUGCUGAAUAUCUACAGAAGCAGGGCACCCUCUCCGAGGAUACGAUUCGUACGUUUCUCCAGCAAAUUGUGGCUGCUAUGAAGGUUCUGCACGAAAAAGGCAUCAUCCAUCGUGACCUAAAGCCUGGCAACAUCCUUCUGAAUCGCGACUCGAGCGACAACAACCGACUCCGAGUUAAAAUAGCCGACUUUGGAUUUGCGCGACAUCUUCAAGGCACCGACAUGGCAGCCACGCUUUGUGGAAGUCCCAUGUACAUGGCUCCAGAAGUCUUGAUGGGUCACAAUUACUGCGCCAAAGCUGAUCUUUACUCGAUAGGAACUAUAGUCUAUCAGUGCUUGACUGGUCGAGCACCCUUCCACGCCUCUACUCCCCCCGAAUUACGUGCCUUCUACGAGAGGACGCACACGCUCAAGCCCUCCAUCCCCAAUACCACUUCGGCCGCAUUAAAAGACCUCAUCUGCUCGCUUCUUAUCCGCAAUCCACGAGAUCGGCUCAGCCCGAGCGACUUUUUCCGCCACGCAUUCAUCAAGACCCGCUCUGGUUCCGCCAGAAGGGGCUACAACUCGAGCCCAACAAUUCCUGACGCCAAAGUGCGCAGCGAUUCGCACUCACCUGGACCUGCUAUGAGCUUGGACAACACUGACUCCGUCCUGCAGACGGACAAUGACGGUGAGCUCCUGGUCCAAACAUCUGACGAUUCGGAGGAGUUCGUCGUCAUCCCUGCUCCACGCCGCCGCGCCGUUACUAUUGGGUGUAAUCUCAACGAGCUAAAUCGCACGCCUGAAUACGACAACUGCUCGCCGGUCUUUGAUUCUCCUCGCUAUUCAGCACCAAGUCGACAAAUGUCGCCGCGGCACCACCACCGCCGCUCACCGAGCUUCGAGCACCAGCAACACUCGCCCAGAGAAAGACACAUCGAGCGCGGUUUCGUCACGCCAGAGUUCAACCACAGAGAUCGAGAAAUUGUGCGAACAAAUUCGACCCCGCUUUUGCGAAUCCAGCAAAACGCAACACCUAUCCGUCGAAUACCCUCGCAUAACCAUCGAACUCGUCAACGAGCCUUCACCGUUGGCACACCUUCCCCAGAUAGCAACCUUGUCUGCUCGAGUCUGCAGCCGCUCAUCGAGGAAAAUAACAACGUCGAGGUUGUCGAAGAUACUCUCAUUUCGCGUCUGCACUUUGCGAUGAAUCUCGGCUGCGCUAUUCUCAAAGUGGCGGAUUUACAUCAAGGCACGAACUACAGACGCCGGGGUGAACGGUUACUGCUCUUCAAUCGAGGGCUCCAGGUGAUCGCCUCCGCGCUGCACUCAGCUAGGAACUCUUACGACGAAACGGGGCCCUCGCCCGAACUUCGAUCGAUCCUAAUGGAAUUGAACUCGAAGUACAAGGAGUGCAGGGGUUACUGCAGCGACCUGCGACACUCAGUUACAGAAAGCAUGGCUCCGAAAGAUACAAAAUUCGACAGCGCUGAACGAAUCAUGUAUAACUUCGCGAUCAGACACGCCGAAGAAGCCGCAGAAGGCGACUCGAAUGGCGACCUUGAGCACGAAGAUAUCAUUCAGCGAUAUGAGACCGCAGCCAGUUUACUACAGGGAAUCUACCAGCUAACAGAUUGCCAAGAAGACAAGCGAAAACUGGGAAUGUAUCAGAGGCAAAUCCACGAGCGGCUGGACGAGAUAAAGUCUCAGUUGUCCUAA